AAGAUUAGACGACGGUUAGUGGAGAUGACGGUAACCGGAAAUGAAUUGAACUAUUGAGCAUGCGCAGUAAAUGUUUUGAAAGAAAUUGCUCCGUCCACAUCACGACGACGACGCCAUUUUUGCUGUUUUGCCGUUCACUAGAAAACGCCUCUUACUUUUCAUGGAUCCAAAGCCGAGGCAAAUGGUUUGGUCGCGAGACCAUGACGAGCUGUUGUGCAGGGAAAUCCUGGUCGUAGAUCCCUUUACAGGCACAAGGCGAAGGACAGUACAGAGGGGCACUAAAUGGAAUGAGAUUGCACAAAAUCUCAACAGCGUUCAGCACGUAUCGUUCCGAGUCAACCAAAGGUCUGUGAGAGAAAGAUACAACUUACUUGCAAGAGAAUUUCGAAAGAAAACGAAGGACGAAGAAUCGGCCAGUGGCAUCGAAAUUGAUGACGUUAGUGAAAUCGAUAAGGCCCUUGAGGAUAUCGUAGAAGUUGAAGAUGCAGCAGAUCAAAAUCAGCAGGAUGUUACUGAGCAAAAAUUGCAAAAAGAAAAUAAAGAUCGAGAAGAUGCUGAAUCGAUUCGAUUAAUGGCCAUGGAGACGUUGGGUGAAACUCAAAAACGAAAACUCGUUGAUAAUAAAGCCAAUAAACCAGUAAAAAGGCGAUCAAACGGCAGUGAUGCAGUUAAUUAUUUGAGGGAAAAUCUGCUGUAA